GCUACUUCUAUCUGCUUCUGCUAGAACUAGAACGCUAGAAUGCUAAAAUGCUAGUCUUGUGCCAUUAUUGUUUGACGAUGUACUGAUGAAGAUGUGUGCUAUUUAAUAUUGUAGGUGAUGAAAGCACGAACAGUUUUUUCCAAUUUAUAGGUUAUUUGGAAAAGUCCCACCUUUCUGAUUAAUGGAUUAACUUCUGGUUUCGUCAUAUAAUCAGAGGUAUAUAAUGCUACAAGAAUGGCAGCGAAGAGAAUCUCAGCCCAAAAAUUUCUGCCACUCUGUGUCUUUUUUGCCACGUUCACAAUUGUUAUGACAAUACUAGUUUGCUCGACUGACAUGAGAUCUCGAAGAUAUCACCGGAUGCUCAAUUUAAGUCUUGAAGCUGAUUUUCAAAAUGUAGCCCAAGAAGAUCCGCAGUUAAUAUCAUUUAUAAGAGAAAAGCACCUUCGACCUCCUCCGAAGAGUCAUGGUAAACGUGUGAAUGUUGAUGUGGAAGCGAUUCCUGAACUUGGGGAACUUUUCAGCUGGAAGAAAGGUGGAGUAUUUGUAGAAGGUGGAGCGUACCGACACAACAGCACAUCUGAAACGGAGUGGUUGGAGCGCACGCUACACUGGAGGGGGUUAUUGAUACAACCAGACCCCCAGGACUUCCGAUUGUUGUUGUCGCGCAACCGCACACGUUCGUACGCAGCCAACGUUUGUCUUAGUCCUACACCCAACCCUAAACAGGUGUCUUUCCGAGAAGUUGCCAAGAAUAUUUCCGAGAGUCAGUUGACCAAAGUACACUGUUUCCCUCUCUACUCCUUGUUGUUGGCCUAUAAUGCCACAACUGUAGACUUUCUUAGUCUGAAAGCUGAGAAAGCUGAACUGCAGGUAUUGAAAACAUUGCCAUUCUCACGAGUACGUAUCAAAGUGAUCAGUGUGCUGAAUCCACCUGAUGACCGACAGUACGGCAACGCUCUUCUCGUAAGACUCAUGCGGCUGCUGAGCGUUCACGGCUACAAACUGCAUCGUUACGCUUCCAUCAACAACCGCUGGGUGUUUGUUUGUGCUCGUGGCUAUUCCGGCUGUUCAGCUCUACGCGUAAACCAGUGAUCUUAACGAAUCCGAUUGAGUUUGGACGAGUAGAGUCAGGAUUGAUCCCACAGCUGAUUAACCUAAAGCUGUAAACCUCGGUAUGAUAACUCAUAUGGUUAACCAAUGUCCAUAAAUAAAAGGUUUAGAUAUUCACGUAAUAAUCUCAUGACCAUAAAAUAUACAAGUUUUAAUUGUAAUAAACCAAUAAUAGUAAAAACAUUUUCCCUUUGGAUGCCUUUAUUACGGUCAACUAUAAAUGCAAGAUGUACUUUCGGAUAUCCAUUAUAUAGAAUAGUGCUCUAUUCUACGUAUGGUUUAUUGACCAACUUGUUGUAUAUAGACUUAGGUACCGCUUCUCUAUUCUUAAACAGUGAUACUACUUAUAAGCUUGUUUAUUAUUCAACAAAACUGUCUCACAUUGCAAUACCGUUUCUAAGUUAUAAGGUGUUUGGUUCCAGGUUCAGGACACUUUGGAAGUAAAGAUUUGCAUUAAGAGGAGUUUUAUAUUUUAUUUGUUGACAAAUUUGCACCUAAAAUAUAAAGUUUUUUACUAAUUUGUUAUACUCUUGAUUUUCAGAAGUAGUUGAUGCACAGUAACAGUACAUUUCAAAACUCAUGCGGUUGAGGACAAGCAACCAUCUCCUCCACUUAACUCUAAAUAUAAAACAACAGACAGCAGCUGAUAUCUAAAGUAUAGGCCUACUAGCAAAUUACAAAAUACAUCAGUUACAAAAGGCAAAUUACAAAGGGAAAAACGUCAGUUGUAACUAUGUAAAUUGAGCAGAUAUAUUACACUGAAGAUUACUCAAUAUAGGGGUAAAAUAGAGCGAGUGUUUCACUCUUAUUUAAGGGUAGAUUUUACAAUUUUAAUGCACUCUUUUUUAUAGUUAACAACUGUAUUCAGUUGUAUUAGUAUUAGCGUUAAUUGUAUUACAAUAAUCUUUUUAGUAAACAGUAUACGCUUGAACCGGACUUAACUGCACUCAGCUAAUCAAUCAUGCAAGAGUAUUUUCAUUUUAGAGAGUAUGCUUAUCCUGAAGUUUUUCCUUUAUAUUGCUUUUCUUUUACAAUUGAAAUAAACUAUACCGAGCCAUGACUCGGUUCUCCAGUACUAAUUAAUAAUUUAAAAUUCCAUAAGUUGCCUUAGACUGCAUACUUAGCGGGAACGUACAUUCUCUUUCACAUUGUUUUUUCAACACUUUUGACGAGACUAAUCGGUCCCUUGGGAAGAAGCAGAUAGAAUUGUAGUUGAGGAGUAGGGUACAUAAUAAUGAGUCUCAGAUUCCAAUUGCUAUCUUAUAGCUGUGACAGGAGCUUGAAAAAAAACCUUAAUAAGUUUUAACAAACCCUUGGGUUUGUCGAGUUUUAUUAAAAUCAUUGGCAUGAUUCAACAUGUUAUGAAAUACAUCAAGUUUUGCGAGUCGGGCUCUUGGUAAUUUGAAAGAUCUGUUAUGUCCACUUUAUUUAUUAUUAAAAAAAGACAAGUUUUAAUACUCUACCCUAAAAUAUUACUGAUUUGAUUACUCUAUGUUUUAGGUUUCAUUACAGACUUCAUUACUUAAGUAGAAAAUUAAAUUUGGCGUUUAGUUUUUUUUUUUAGAUGUUUAGCAGUUGCUUACUAUAAGAAAGUUGAAACUUUCGAUUGAAGACUGAUUCAAAAUAUGUUUCUGUGUUUGUCUAUGCCGAAGUACUGUACUUUAAAGUACAGUACUACUUUUGGCUUUUUUAUUUAUUGAAAAAGAUAAUAAUUAUCUUAGUCUUUUGUUGUAUUUAUUGUUGUAUUUUUAAAGUAUCUGUAUUUUCUAUUUUUUUCAUCACAGUGUUGUGUUAUUUUUCCCAACCAUUUUAGCAGCUAUUCAUAUAGAUGAUGGAUGAGAGGGGGUGGAUUCAUGUUGGCCUACACAUAGAUAUUACCAUAGAAAAAAAAAAUUAAAUAUAGACUGUCAGCCGUGCUGCAGUUACCAUAGGUUCUGGCGCACACCGCUUGGAGUGCCGCGUAGUUACUGCGUACGCGCUAUGUAACUACACGACACUCCCAGAACCCACGGUAACCGCAGCACGACUGAAAGUCUAUAUUUCUUGUUUUUGUCUAUGAUAUUACUUGCACAUUCUUGGCAUUUGGGAAGGAUUUCUAGUCCUUAAUCUUUUGUAAUUCAUUCACCAAUAUUUUUUUUUAUGGCUGAUGCAUAUCAACGCGAAGAUUGCAGGCUGAAUAUAAUAUAUUGUUUAAUAACUAUUCAUUAUUUAAUAAUAUAUUUUAAUAAUUAUAAUAAUUUAAUUUAAAAUAAUUUUUUGGUCAUUUGAGAGGAAAACUGUUCAAAAUGAAUUAAUAAGAAAAUAGAGUUACAGUAUGAUACAAAUCUGUUAAAAUCCCAGAUUUUCAUUACCCUGACAAUUGUUAGAGAUUUUUAUUUAUAAAUCUUAAGUCAUAAUCUUAAAGUAUAAUUCUUAAGUCAUACUGUGUGUGUUAUUAACUAGUCCAAAGGUACUCUCUCAAGUGUAAAGGACACUUUUUCUUAUUCCUAAAUUUAGGAAGAAAAUCAAUAAAUCCUAUCUGGAACUAAACCUCUCCAUCCCUAACAUAAAGUGAUAAAAAAUUGUAUAUCAUGAAAAUGUAUUAUAGUUUUGAGUAGUAUCUGUAAAUAAUCAAAAUACUUGAGUUAACUUACCAAAGGCUUAGGAUCAAAAACACAUGACUGUUUCUUAGUUGUAGAGAUUUAUUUACUACGGUUGUGUAACUUUACGUUUAUAGCUUUAUGUUGGUAUUAUCAGUUAAGUGAUGCAGGUUUUUUAGGUGUGAUAGUUGUAUGUUAAUGUUAUUACAUUAGUUUUCAUUCAUAAGUGCAUUUAUGUUUAUAUGUUUUCAGCCAACAAAAGUUUUUGUUUGUAACAUUGUACCGAGAGAGCUUAAGUGCUGUGCACUAUGUUUAACACUGUUAUAAUCUAGCACCCUUUUAAUUUUUCAUGACAAUAUUUAAUGGAUGGAUUCAUGACCAAAGACUUAAUCUCACAUUAUCUCUUUUAAAAAGUCCAUAUCCACUCUAAAGGCUGGCCACGCACUGUAUUCAACUGACACAAUAAGAUUAUUUUGGCUUAUGCCUUAUAUUUUCUGUUCUGACAUGUUUGGUCCAAUAAGAAUGUUAAAAAUUCCAAAACUCUCAUUGGGGUUAGCUGUAUCAUCAGAAGGGAUUUCUGACAGCUUGGUUGCUUUUGUCGGAGACAAAAUAUUUGGUUUCAUUAUCAACAAAUGCAAGAAAUGUUGUAAAAAUGUAUUUAAUUAUUUCCGAUCUUGGCCAGUUUUGUGUGCGACAAGCCUGAGGAAAACUAUUUUUAAGCACAUUGGUGUCAUUUUCAAGGCACGCUGAGUUCCUAGAACGCCCUUUACUAUUGGAAGUAAAAUUAUAAGCUUUAAUUAUUAUAAGCGUAGAAUUAUUGUAACAUAUCUAGAUCUAAUGAGAUUAAUGUUAAGGUAACGGUGCUUUCACAUUGUAGUAAGCAAAAUUUUCUCUAGUAUAUUAAUCUUUUACUACUAAGGGAAAAGUAAAAUUCUUUUGAGCAUAUAGCCUUAAUGUAACCUAGCGUAGCACUAGAAUUGGGUAGUUUGAAUUUGAAAACAGUCCAUAGUUUACCCUAUAAAUUUCCAGAUUUCUAACUGUAACUAAUAAAAAUGAUCAACACUUACUUAAAUACAUCAACAUUCAAGUUAUGUAUUCUGUAUUUGAUUUUUUAUCCAUGUUGUGUUUCAGUAUUAAAAAUAAGAUUCAAUAUUUCAUUUAUUGGUUGUGUAAAACAAUAAAAUACUGUCAACAUGG